ACCGCGAGAUCUGAAAAAGCUGAAGGCUGACAUAAAACAGCUACAAAGCAAAAUAUUGACUCGCCGAUCGACUUUAACAGUGGGAAUCAGUCUCUUAGAAUUUCCUUUGAUCUUGGAGUACAUUCAUUUACACGUAUUUCGGAUGGAGGAAGUUAAUCAAAGGCAGUUGAGCAAGAAAAGUUUGGACCAACUCAAAACGAGAAAUGAGUUCCGCUUUACAUUCUAUAACUAAUGGACAUGGGAGAUAUAAAACAGAGAUUAUAAUAAUUCUAAGGAAAGGACGAAGGACAGAACCAAUUAUGGAGGUGAAUAAAGAAAAUGUUUCGCCAAUUAAAGGCCUUGUGAAUGCAGACAACGACGUGGAUUGUCUGACCGGGAGCUUCCAGAAAAAGCUUGAUAUCAACGGGAUCGACAAAGAUGGAAGAUAUUUUUUGGAUGUAAUGAAGAAGGAGACGGAGCGAUUAGCGAAAUUAUGCGAAUCAACUGAAAAAGCAAUGAUUGAAGAUUCGCCAUCUGAUGAAAUUUGUGGAAGGAUCAGAGCAGCAAUAGGGAAAUCAAAACUACUAACCACUAAAAAGUUUAAACAGUUUAAAGGACUUUGUGAAUUUAAUCUGGGCAUUGGUAGUACAAAUGGCAGAAGACCAACCAAUGCUGAUUUAGAAGGCUUUUGGGACAUGGUUAUGAUUCAGGUUGAUGAAGUUAGUAGUUUAUUCGAAAACAUAAAUGAACUCAGAAAAAAUGGAUGGGUUGAAACCUCACCAGAAGCAGAGACUAGUGAAGGGCUUACAAGAAAGCCUUCUCUAACGAAGAAAGGAUCCCUUACAAGACAGUCUUCUUUUGGUAAGGUUCCUCUCAUAAGACAAAGAUCCAAAGAAGAAAUCAAAGCUGUUGAGGUAAAACAAAGAGCCGCAGCAAGACAGAGACUUGCGGCUGCUAAGAGAGCAGCACGUCAGAAAGCGAAUAGAAAUAGCAAUCCGUUGGACAAUGUGGAAAUAUUUUAUUCUCCUCAUAAAUAAAUGAGUCUAGCAGUACAGGAUGAUUGACAAUUAAAUUCAUAACAGAUAUGAAAUGCUUUUCCUGAAAUAAUAAAGCAAGACAAGCCUAGACCAAUGGAUCAUGAGAGACACCAAAGGAUCCAUUCACUGGACAAUUUAUAGAAAAAUCAUCUGUGAGACGGAUGCAAAACCAUUGAAAAAGUCAUAGAAGUAUUGCUUUAGAAGGUUUUCAUUGUGUCCACGGUUGGUGGUAACUAACAAAAGAUAAUUCAGUUGUUUCUUUUGUUAGCACUACCAACUUGGCCACCAUAACCUGGUCCUAUGAUUCCCAAAAAAUAACUCGAGAAGGCCAGCACAUACUACCAUAGAUAUCAUGGCCGCACAUGGUUCAAUUAGUGGCUUUAGAAUUAUCCAAUAGACAUUCUUCUCAAGGCUUCAGGCAUAUCCAACUUGACAAGCCAUAUAAAAAUGAGCUAACUAAAGAUAUUGUGCAGCCAAUUUUAUCUUGAAUAKGGAAAGAUUAUUGAAGAUCAUUUACCAGUGAUCUUCCGUGAGUUAGGAAUCCAAAGAUUUGGACUCUUAAAAGCCUACUCUUGGUCUGACAGUCUAGAUACAUUCUCUUGAUUCAAAGUAUUCAAACUUAUUUACUUCAUAGAUUUAUAACAGUUAACACCUCUUUUGGCAUCAUGACCACUCAGGUUUCUCACAUGAAAAGCUUCUUGCUUUUCGGAGUUUUGCAGUUUUGUGAUUUCGAUCAUCCACUUUCAGAGGAUAAGGACAAAUCAUGGAGCACAAAAUAUCCAUAAUUGGCCAUCAUAUCUUCCCGAGUGUAUUUCGUUCUGGUGUGUCAAUGAGACRGUGAACAUAAUUAAUUUCUAGUCUAGUUGAUCCUUUCUGUAGGGAAACUGUGCUGAUGUGAAGUGAGUGCUAGGAUCGUCCCCAGUUCCUGCAUGAGGAUGUUGGAUACAAACUUAUUUGUGAUUGUUAUCCUGUGUUGUUUGUAUAUACACAAGUUAGAUUUGAAUUCACUUGAUCCUAGCCUGCAGGCCACGCAGGCCAYGCAGGCUAUGCAGGCCACAAAAACCUUUGGAGUGAAACUGCAUUUCAAUCAUGAGAGAGAAUUUCAUCCAAACUACCAACACUGUAUCAAGAGGGUUUUUAAAAAAAUGAGAUAUUUUAAAGCCAACAUUUUAACUAACUUUUGAAAUUUGGAUACUAGUAUCCUAUAAAACACUGUUUCGUGCCUUGGAUAAAGUCAAUUAAAGCGAGAAAUGACCACA